UGCUGAAGCCAACACCCACAGGGUUAAACCUAGUUGCUGAAGCCACCUCCCCCUCCUGCUGCCAGUUCCCCUUCUUACAGAAGGCUGGGAGCUGACCCAACUGCCUCCCUGAGCCAAAUGGCUCAGGAGAGAGAGAGUAAAGAGACAGCCAUGAAUCCCUUCCAGAUAAAUGUGUCCAAGGAAACUCUUUUUUCACCUGUGUCCGCUGAAGAGGUAUCACCUGGACCUCCAGACCCUCCAGAGAAGUCACCUCCGAAAUUCUGUGGCACCAACUAUCCACUGAGCAUUGCCUUCAUUGUGGUGAAUGAAUUCUGCGAACGCUUUUCCUAUUAUGGCAUGAAAGCUGUGCUGACCCUGUAUUUCUUGUAUUUCCUCCACUGGGAUGAAGAUACCUCCACAUCUGUCUACCAUGCCUUCAGCAGCCUCUGUUAUUUCACUCCCAUCCUGGGAGCAGCCAUUGCGGAUUCAUGGUUGGGAAAAUUCAAGACAAUCAUCUAUCUUUCCUUGGUGUAUGUGCUUGGCCAUGUGAUCAAGUCCUUGGGUGCCAUACCAAUACUGGGGGGACAAAUGCUACACAGAGUCCUAGCAGUGAUCGGUCUGAGUCUAAUAGCUUUGGGGACUGGAGGUAUCAAACCCUGUGUGGCAGCUUUUGGUGGAGACCAAUUUGAAGAAAAACAUGCAGAGGAGCGGACUAGAUACUUCUCAGUCUUCUACCUCUCCAUCAACGCAGGGAGCUUGAUUUCUACAUUUAUCACACCCAUGCUGAGAGGAGAUAUCCAAUGUUUUGGGGAGGGCUGCUACGCAUUGGCAUUUGGGAUCCCAGGAUUGCUUAUGGUGAUAGCUCUUGUUGUGUUUACAAUGGGAAGCAAGAUGUACAAAAAACCACCACCUGAAGGAAACAUAGUGGCUCAAGUUGCCAAAUGUGUCUGGUUUGCUAUUUCCAACCGUUUCAAGAAUCGUUCUGGGGACAUUCCAAAGAGACAGCACUGGUUGGACUGGGCAGCUGAGAAAUACCCGAAACAGCUCAUUAUGGAUGUGAAAGCACUGACCAGGAUACUAUUCCUUUAUAUUCCAUUGCCCAUGUUCUGGGCUCUCUUGGAUCAGCAGGGUUCACGGUGGACUUUGCAAGCCACCAGGAUGGAUGGGAAUUUGGGUUUUUUUGUGCUUCAGCCUGACCAGAUGCAAGUGCUAAACCCUCUUCUGGUUCUUGUCUUCAUCCCGUUGUUUGACAUUUGCAUUUAUCGUCUGAUCUCCAAGUGUGGAAUUAACUUCUCAUCAAUCAGGAAAAUGGCUGUUGGUAUGAUCCUGGCAUGCCUGGCAUUUGCAGUUGCUGCAGCUGUAGAGAUAAAAACAGAUGAAAUAGCCCCACCCCAGGCGGGUCCCCAAGAGGUUUUCCUACAGGUCUUGAAUCUGGCAGAUGAUGAGGUAAAGGUGACAGUGCUGGGAGAUAACAACAGUUCUCUGUUGGAAGAGUCCAUCAAGUCCUUUCAGAAAACACCACACUAUUCCAAACUGCACCUGAACACUAAAAGCCAGAAUUUUUACUUCUACCUGAAAUACCACAGUUUCUCUGUCUACGCUGAGCAUUCUGUGGGGGAGAGGAAUUGGUACAGUCUGAUCCUUCAUGGGAAUGGAAAAAAUAUCUCCAGUCUGAUGGUGAAGGAUGAAAAACACACAACAACCAACGGGAUGACAGCUGUGAGGUUUAUUAACACUUUGCAUAAAGAUGUCAACAUCUCCAUGGGUAAAGAUGAAGCCCUCAAUGUUGGUAAAGCCUAUGGUGUGUCCACUUACCAAGCUGUGGAAAGAGGAGAAUACCCUGCAGUGCAUUGUAGAACAGAAGAGGAGGACUUUCAUCUGAAUUUGGGUCGACUAGACUUUGGUGCAGCAUAUCUGUUUGUUAUUACUAAUAACACCAGUCAGGGUCCUAAGGCCUGGAAGUUGGAAGACAUGACAGUCAGCAAAAUGUCCAUUGCAUGGCAGCUACCACAAUAUGCCCUGGUUACAGCAGGGGAAGUUAUGUUCUCUGUCACAGGACUUGAGUUUUCUUAUGCUCAGGCUCCCUCUAGCAUGAAAUCUGUACUCCAGGCAGCGUGGUUAUUGACGGUUGCUUUUGGGAAUAUCAUCGUGCUUGUUGUGGCGCAGUUCAGUAGCCUGGAGCAGUGGGCUGAAUUUAUUUUGUUUUCCUGUCUCCUGCUGGUGGUCUGCCUGCUCUUUUCCAUCAUGGGAUACUACUAUGUUCCUGUAAAGUCAGAGGACAUUCAGGGACCUGAAGAUAAGCAGAUUCCUCAUAUUCAAGGAAACGUGAUCAACCUGGAGACCAAGAAAACAAAGCUCUGACAUUUCCCUUAACCCUGUCCCAAUCCCAAUUCCUGACCUUAGUCUCAGUCAUUACCUAUCUUCAAACAUUGUUUUUUCCCACUGGU